AUGACUGAACUAAAUAUUGGGGCUCAUUGUUCUGAAAAGGAUUGCAGACAGUUGGAUUUUCUACCCAUUCAUUGUGAACACUGUGAUCGUGUCUUUUGUAAAAUUCAUAGUUCAAUUACUGCACAUAAUUGUCCAAUUUCAAGUUCAACUUACAAAUGUCACCAAUCUUCAAGUCAAUUUCGUUCUGAUGAUGCUAAUGAUAAUAUCUGCGAUUAUCAUUUAUGUAAUGAAAGACAACUAGUACUGUUAUCCUGUGAUGGAUGUUAUGGAAAUUUUUGUACCAGUCAUAAACAAAAGGAGGUUCAUCAAUGUUCAAGUUUAACUCAAUCACUUCAUCAACUGGAUAAAAUUCAACCAUUUAAAACUGUUGAUCGUACUGCAUUAAAUGCUAUUUCACAUACGAUAAUUCCAACGAAAGCCAAUGACACACUAUCAGUUAAACCAGUAAGCGAUCGUGCCCGCGCCACUAAAGCGAAGUUGAUUUUAUUAAAAACUAAAAUGGAAGCAUUGCCUGGUGGUCAACGUGCUAGAGAAUUACCUGAAUCAGAGAGAUUUGUUAUUCGUUUGUCAGUUAUGCCAGAGGUUCUUUCAACAAAUAAUAUGAUUUCAGUGUAUUUUGGAAAGCGUUGGCCACUUGGAUGCAUUCUGGAUUAUGGUUGUGAACACUUUCAUUUACCCCGUGAUAAAAAAUACGGUUUAAUUCGAUUAUCCGACGAAUUAGAUGAAUACUUUGCUACGGAUUGUAGUCAACAUCAAAAUGAUAUUGUUUCAAAUUCAUUACUUGAUUUAAAUAGUUCACUCAAACAACAUGUUGGAGAGAAUUGUUUUGUUGAAGGCCAAUUAUUACAGAUUGUAUGUUUACCACAAACAUAAUCAUAGUGUUUUGUUUUAAUUAUGCGUCCACUGUACAUAAUGACUUCUUCUGUUGGCUAAUUCUUAUCUAUAAUUUGUUUCUCAUUUUUAUAUAUGCUUGUCCAAAUUUCUUAUAUUCUGAAGUCUAGCUAGCGUGAAUUGAAAUAUCUGUACAAAAUAUCUAGAUGGAAUGCGUUUACUAUGUUUGUUUUUCUGUGCUGAAUACUAAGAUCAACCGCCUUGUUAACGUUGUUAUUAUUUCGUCAGAUUAAAUGAUGUAAUUUUCUACAGUAUUAUACUAACAAAUACUGUAAACCUUUUUGUCAGUUUGUUUUGUAGAGUGAUGGUAAAAGGUUAAAUUACCAGAAUAUUUUUAGCUCAGGCGAAUGCAUUUCGUGGUGUUGUAUAUCUAUGAACUGAGUAUUUUUUUAUUGUAAAGCUUUCAUUGUCUUUUUCCGCUGAACAUUUAAAAGAAUGUUGAAAACACUGUGUAUAUGCUACGUGGAUCCAAUAUGCAACUCUAAUAGCAAUAACCCAACAGUAUACUAAGCUUUGGAAAUCAUUCAAAUGAGUCAAGACUCGCUUCACUAAGAAUUAGUAAAAACAUUAUUCAGUCUCUUUCAUCAAAAUAAAAUUAGGAAAUGAUUACGCGAUGUUGUGAAAAAUCGAAGUUAUGGAUGUAAACCACUGCAGAUUAACUCCACAGUUUUUGCUGCCAGAAAUUGUGAACUUGGGUUCUAUUUCCUACAAGUUUGUGAAUGUACACUGCAAAAGAAUCCCGUACUAGAUAAAGGAGUUUUUCAGUGCUCCCUGCUUUUCAAUGAUAUGGCAACUGAGAUUCGUCGCUGAUGGAUAAAAAUUAGUUUUCAUCGAACAAAUGAUAUUUUAUCAACCAAGUACUCUAUAUGAUUUAAAUAUUAUAAGUUUUGAAUUUAGCGAUCUUUGUGCAUGUUCAACAAAUCGUUGGUGCACAGAGUCAAUAACUAAGGCAGAUAUAGCAAUUUCUUCCUGUGGAUCAAAUGGAAGUAUUGGGAAAUAACGAAAUUCUCUUUUGUGAUUGGAAGAACUAAUACCCUUAAUAGAUUUCCUGGGUUCCAAUCCUUCUUCAACUAAUAUCAAUCCGUAAUGAAAAUUAUAUUUGUAAUUAAAAAAUUCAAUACAUGCGCUUUAAAACAGAA